AUGCCACCUCGCGGAGCGGAGGCGCUCUCAGCCUCGGCCCGGCGCUCUUCGACCGCCGCUCUCUCGACAAGACCGUACGACGCGGUCGUGGUUGGCGCCGGCAUCGUGGGCGUGACGACGGCGCACGCGCUCUGUGCGGCCGGCCUCCGCGUCUGCGUGAUCGACCGCCACUCGCACGUGGCCGCCGAGACGUCAUGGGUCUCCUCGGGCCAGCUGGAGCCGGUGCGGGUGGACCACAUGCGGGCGUACUCCGACCCGGCAGCACUCGGCGUGCGCGGCCUCUUCCGCAUCGCCACCGGCUUCCCGCGCUGGACGAUCAACUACCUGCUCUACGCGCUCCGCUGCCGCCUCGUCGACGGCGCAGCCGACCAGAUGACAGAGGACAUCAGGGCGAUGGGGCGCGCGUCGAUCGCGGCGGCACACGAGUUCGAGAGGGCGAUGCCGGGCCGCUCAGGCUUCCGCUUCGGCCGCUCGACCAUCACGAGCGAGUGCUCCUUCCCGCUCGACCCCACCGACCCCGCGAUGCUCGCGCGCACGCGGAGCGGCUCCGCCGAGCCCGCCGUCACCUUCCGGGCACACGAGGUUGCGACCGGAUCCCCGUCCGACCUGUGCGAGGCGCUCGAGGCGGACCACCGCGCCGAGGGCGAGAUCGAGGCGGAGGCGGCCGUCUUUUGCACCGGCAUCGCCUCGGACCGCUUCUUCCCCUGCCUGCCAAUGUGGGGCCUGAUCCGAGAGUACUGCUUCGACAAGAGUGGCUCGCGCGGUCUCUUCGGCUCGGAGGACAUCCUCGUCAGCACGCUGCCGGCGCCCAAGCCGGGCCAGCAGAGCUACGUCGUCGUGCUUGAGCACAGGGCGAGGCGGGUGCUGCGGCUGGGCGGCGGCGCGGAGGUAUCGGCGACGCCGCCGCCGCUGGAGGCGUUCAGCGCCAUCCUCGACCGAGUGGGCGGGCUCGGCCAGCCGCUGCGCGACUGGAUCGGCUGCAGGGCGGUGUCGCCGGACGGCUGUCCGGUGGUUGGGCGGCUGCCUGGCUCGAGCCACAGCUAUAUCAACUCCGGCCAGUCCUUCUGGGGCUACACCCUCUCCUUCGCCAGCGCGCGCUUGCUCGCGGACCACAUCGCAUAUGGAGCGCCCAUCCCCCGCACCUUUGACCCCUCCCGCUUUGUGCUGGCGAGGAGCGGAGCGGGCUCUGGAGCGAGCGAGCGCUCAACUUAG